CCAAGUGAGAGGAAAAAUCCAGUUUUAAAGAUGUCUACGUCUGGCUGCGUGUACGUGAUAUAGGCCGAACUUUUUCCAGGGUGAACAUCUGACAAUCUUGGCUAUCACCCAGUGUCAAGAGAUCUGAUUUUCUUGGAAAGAAAAUGACAAGAGUACUUGCCAAGUUGACAUUGCUUUAGGUAUGAGACGCCAGAAUCUAUCGUUUGACUCCGAACUGCGUCAUUACCUUCACAUGAAUCCAUCCGAGGGUGACGAGGAUUCCAACCACAGACAAAGUAUGAGUGAAGGAAGCCUACCAAGCCAAGGAAGUGCCAACAACAGCAGGUCUUCUCCAGGUCCCAGAAAAAAAUCGACCACCAGGUCCCCAUCGAGAUGUGGUUCAGUGUGUCGGUUAUUGUACAACUUCAUAAGCUACAUAGUAGCCAGGUUCUGGGGGCUGUGUACCGCCUGGAUACUGGUACUCGUGCUUGUCUACUUUUUGUAUGGCACAACGUUAGCUCUGUUGUCGGUAUUGGUUGCUAUUGUGGGACUAGUGUACAAUAUACAGGACAACCUUCUAUAUUUCCCUGAGGAGCCAGAAUCGUCCAGGUUCUACGUCGCUCCCGCCCAAUCCACCGGUCUUCCCCACGAAGAUCUGUAUAUCCAGACCUCGGACAGAGUUCGAAUCAGUGCUGUGCUAUUCAAGCAGGCCGAGCCACUGUUUGGCCGAGCACCGACGGUGUUGUUUUUUCAUGGGAAUGCAGGAAAUAUUGCACAUAGGUAUUUUAAUGCACAUGGACUAUAUGCCAUGUGCGGCUGCAAUAUUCUAUUUUUAGAAUACCGAGGGUAUGGACGAAGCGAAGGACGGCCCAGUGAGGCAGGUCUCUACCGCGAUGCUCAAGCUGCCCUCGACUACCUCCACCGACGUGGUGAUGUUGACACGCGACGCAUCGUGGUCUUCGGUCGGUCACUAGGGGGUGGUGUAGCCAUACAUCUUACUUCCCAAGCCUGUAACAGAAGCAAGAUAGCGGGCCUGAUUGUUGAGAACACAUUCACCAGCAUCCCCGAUAUGGGCGCUGUGCUUUUUCACUUGAACCUCUUAAGAUGGGUCCCACUAUUCUUAGUCAAAAAUCAGUAUUUUUCUAUCAACAAAGUCAAGCACAUACGAACCUCCACUCUCUUUAUCUCGGGGGUUGAAGAUGAGCUGGUUCCACCCAGGAUGAUGCAUGAAUUGUUCCAGAGAUGUGGAACCAAGAACAAGCAACUUAUCAGAUUUGAAGGUGGAACUCACAAUGAGACAUGGCGUUGCCAAGGUUACUUCACAGUCAUCCGAGAAUUUCUCACGCAGGUGACCUAUAGGGAGACACAGCUCAUCAAAGACUUACCUCCUGGCGCCCAGCGUGUGCAGGAUACCAGUGAAACCUCAUCCAGGCAUCACAUAGAGACCGUAUGACAACCGCAGCAAGCCACCUGCCCAAGUCUUGGUAGUGACCGAGUCUUGACACCAGGUUUGUAUAGCAGUUCAUUCCCCACUGUCCCACCGCUGUGAACCCAGGGUCAGGUUGGUGCAAUAAUGACACAUCGUGUGCUGUAAUUGCUGCAGAUCUGAGGACUUUAGUCCAAGGACUGACUUGACUAAGACACAUUUUUUUCUGUAACAAGUCAAGUCAUGACGAAGCAUUCAAUAUAUUUUGCAUAUUGUACCAUCCACUAAUUUGGAAGUAAAGGGAAAGUCAUUUUAGAGGUAGAGAUGGCAGAGAGUCAAGUAGACCAGGUUAGACUUUUUGUGGCCCCUUUAUCAUUUCAAAGAGACCUUGAUGUAUAGUCAAAUACACCAGUGGAUAGCUUGUAAUGAAAUUGAAGAAAAGACAGACCCACUGUCAUCUUGAUCAUAUCAUCAGAAUGGCAAACUCAACAAUUAACUCCUGACCCCAUGCUAAAGAGUUUGCAGUCACAUGUUGCAGUUUUAUGGGUAUGUUUCAGUGUUGUUGCUUCACAAUCAUCCCAGGUAUUGUCUACAGCAAGCAAUAACUUUCUGCCCCAAUUUCAAGUUAUCUCACUAGUGAUCUCUGCCACUGAUGUUUUAGACACAAAACAACUAGAGUCAUCAUUCAGUCCUGUUUGUAGUCUCGACUUGAGACUGGGUUUGCCUUGUUUUGUUUCUGCAUAUACCGCAGGCAACAUGCCCUGGCAAGCAUAGUCAAAGAACAGUAUUGGUAGAGGGCACCAAUCUAUAAGGGACAAAACGUUAUGAAAUACAGUACAGUUUGUCUUUCAUGGAUUGGCGCCCUCUACCAUUACUGCUAUUCCUCUGAUAGUUGGCAGUAUAUGUUGCUAGCACUGUGUGUGGAUACAAAACAAUGCAAUUCCACUCUUGGGCUAAGACUAUCCUGCCUGUGGUUUCCAGUACCUUCAAGUUGUGCCGUGUUGCUAGAACUUGAUAUUCAUCAGGAUUUUAAUAAAAAUUGUGUCUGUACACCUGACAUUAAAAAAGUCAUGAUUUGAUCCAACAAAGAUGACAUCAAGCUAACUGCAACUUUUUAGUUCCACAUAACGCUUUUUGAGAUAUUUUUUUACAUAUUUGUUACUUAAAUUGGCUACUUCAUCACAAGGCUGAAUAUCUGCAAUUGAGAAUCUAAAAUGAUGCUUCCAUUGCAAUCUGUAACUUAUCAAUACAUUGUUACAAACGUCAAGUAAACAGAUUUGGAUAGAAAUUACUUCAAUUUUUUCACAGGUAAAAUUUGAUGUCUUUUCCCUAUGCUUAUAGGGUAUAAAAAGGCCACUCAUCAAUUACGGUUUGUUUGUCUAGCUUGCUUUAAUUUUAAAGAAAGUUGGGUUUUCGAGGGUGCAACGGGGAGGGAUUGUUGACAAUUUAGAGAAAUUUGUCCACCGAAAAUAUGCUUCAGUGGACCUGACUUUUAUGAAAUACUAAUGGUUUUUCAAGAUAGUUAUUGAGUGAGGACUAAUAUUGAUAAUUCAUUUUUUUAAUCAAAAGUACAUUUUUAGUAAAAGUUCUACAGGGUGUCUCUAUUCAUUGUUGCAUAAUUUAAAUUUUAGGGUACUCCAAAAGACCUCCGCUUAGAAUCAAAUGUUUCCUCUGUCUAUGUCUGUCAUCAAUAGAAAAUCUACAAUGAGCAUUUUUUAUUUUGCCUUGGCAGUGUUUUAGUUUGCCUAAUAAAAGUAAGAUUAAUGUGAAUACCAGUUGCAGUCAGUCGAUUGUUAACUGAGAAACAUUCAACAUGUAUUGUGAUAAUAGUCACAAGACUGUCCUCAGGGAUGUCUGAUUUCCUGAAGGGCAGAGUUUUAAGCAUCUUAGCCAGGAAGAAAUGUCUAACAUCGGUACACAUGGUUAAUCUCAGAAGCCAACUUUAAUUCUUGAAAUACUCAAGUAAAGGGAGCUUGAUGUGUGAUUUGGUAUAAAACCCGCUGAAUCAUAUCUUGAAAUAAAAACCUAAGUAUUUAAAUUCCUCUUGUUACACAUGACACUCUAGUUUUGUACUAGUAGGUUGAUUUCUUUAUUGUUCCCCUCUUAUAUCAUCUGGAAUAAAAUGUGUCUUUGUAAGACAGGAGGUAAUAUGA